GUUGGGGAAAUGGCGGAAUCUGCGGCGCUCGUGUGGAUUCGCGGCCCAGGCUCCGGGUGCAAGGCCGUGCGGUGUGGCUCCGCUCGGUGUUCCAUAUGGUAUUUGAUCCACCGUUACUUCCAAGAUCAGGAUGUUCCAGUGGAAUACUUCUUUGUGAAAUGCAAUGGAGCACUCAUUAACACCAGUGAUGCUGUGCAGCAUGGAGCCGUUUACAGUCUGGAACCCAGACUUUGUGGUGGAAAAGGAGGUUUUGGUUCAAUGCUACGAGCACUUGGUGCUCAGAUUGAAAAGACAACCAAUCGAGAAGCCUGCCGGGAUCUCAGUGGAAGGAGACUACGAGACGUCAAUCACGAAAAAGCAAUGGCUGAGUGGGUAAAGCAACAGGCUGAGCGCGAGGCUGAAAAGGAGCAGAAGCGCCUUGAACGCCUGCAGCGGAAACUUGCAGAACCAAAACACUGCUUCUCCAGCCCUGAGUACCAGCAGCAGUGCCAUGAGAUGGCUGAGCGUUUGGAGGAUUCUGUCCUCAAAGGUAUGCAGGCUGCCUCCAGCAAAGUGGUAUCAGCAGAAAUAACUGAGAAUCGGAAACGGCCUAACAAAUUGAAAGCAAGCAAAGGAGUCAGUGCAGAAAAGAAAAAAUGCUUUUGGUUGGGCAUGGAUGGACUAGAGAAUGCGGAGGAGUCCAGUUCUGAGAGCUCAGAUGAUGACGGUGAUGAAGCACCUAGCACUUCAGGAAUGAGCUGUCAGGCUCCAAAACAUGGCAGUGAUGGUGUUGUGCUGGCAACUGAAUUCCCCAGUGGUUGUCAGAGGCCUAGAGUAUUGAGUGGAGACUCUGGGUCACCAAAAGAACUACAGCAAACCCCAAUAAUUGACCCUAGGAACGAUACAUAUGAAGACCAGAGUGCCAAGCUGGGAGAGACUGCUACUAAGGAGCAGGCAGAAAGGAAGAUGGUUGUAGAAACCAAGGAGACCCAGGUAGACAAGGAAGCAGAAAAUAAAGAACCCAUAGAAAAGGAAGCAGCUGGUGCUCAACUGAAUGAAAAGGAAAAGAUAGAAAUGAUUGAUGGGGAAAGAGCUGCCAAGGUAGCCCCUGGACAAGACAGGGAAAACAUUCCCAGUACCAAGUUAGAGGAAAACCAGUCAGGAAGCACGGAUAUUUGUCUGGGAACUGUAGAUUUGCUGUCAUUCCACUCUGUUGAGGAAUUGGAGUUUCUGGGUUUGGAUCAACUCAAGUCUAAACUGAUGACCCUGGGACUGAAAUGUGGGGGCACUCUGCAGGAGCGUGCUGCACGGCUCUUUUCCAUCCGGGGACUGACGAGGGAACAGAUAGACCCAGCUUUAUUUGCCAAACCUCUGAAAGGCAAGAAGAAAUGA